GGGUUUUGAACGUCGGUGAAGCAGCGCCAGCCGUCCGGCUGCUCUGCGGGGUGCCCUGCCGGCCCUCCCCGCGCUCCGAGGCCGAGCGCGCCGGUCGGUGCCUGUUGCUGAGGCGAGCCGCGGCUCUGCGGUGGGCGCCGGGCCGGAGCCGGUCGCCGCUGCGCCGGUAUCGCCUCCGCUCUGGGCUCGGGCAGCCGCGGCCGUGCGAGGGACGUGCCUGGCAGUAUACACGCUUUUCUGAGAAGGUAGAAGAUGGCUGAAUACUUGAAAAAGCCCGUCAAAGACACUCUGGAUGAUAUAAAAGAACGAAUGAAAGAGAGGAGAAAUCAGAAAUGGAUGAGGUUGGAUAAAAUUAGCCAAAUCUGCACUGUAAAGGGCAAAAUAGCAACCAACAGCUCCAAGAAAAUGAAGAGCCUUGAAGCAAACAACAAAGCUCUAGCUCAGGCUUUGCAAGAAGAAAAGCUGAAACUGAGGGAUGCCCAGGCUACCAUCCUUCAUUUAAAAAAAGAUUAUCAAGAUCUGAAGGUUCAGAUGUUUAAAUUGCAAAGAAAUCUUUGGUUCAAGCAAGCACAAGGACUUGCUGAGAAUCAACUGCAAGCCUUGAAUAAGAUAAUUUCAAGAGUUUCUCAGAAUUUGCUGGACUCAAUUGAUCUCCUUGGCCCAGCAAAGAAUCUGUGUUCCAUCGGUGUAAAUGCGAGAGUGUUUUCUUCAGUUCUUGAAAACAGUUCCAGUGUUGUAGGACCAAUACAUUCAAUAGAGCAUCUACAGUGUGCUGAUGGGGAUGAUCAAGUACUUCCAAGUGGGAUGGAGCCUGAUAGCAAUAGAAAUGAGCUCACUCACUCUGUGUCAGAGACCUGUGACGAAUCUGACAAUGCUGUUUCCUCAAACAAAAUAGUUCCAGACAAAGGACAAACGUCUGAUUUUCAUCUGGACAUCAUAGGGUCAGAGCUGGAAAAUGUUUCUUCAAGCAGAGAGGAUGGAUUUGGUAAUGUCUUACCAAAAAAUGUGUCUAUUAGGAAUUGCUAUGUGAAGUUGAGAAAUUACAACGAACAUUAUACUGGUGUAUUGGACCAUUCAGAAGCACCUGCUUCAACAAAAAAGCUUUCUAAACUGGAUGGAGUUAGACUUGAGGAAAGUCUAGAGAUGUGUACUGUAGAAAACAGAAAUUUAGAUAUUUCUCAGUUGAAUGAAGACGAGGUAGGUUCAGAGCUGGUGUUGAGGAGGACAGAUUCUGAAACUGCACAGUUCCACUUAAACAAUAAUUCUGAACUUAAACGACAUGAGUGUAACAACAGAGAAGACUCUCGAGUAAGGAAAGAGAAAUAUCGGAAGGCAAAACUGGAAAAGCCUAAAAAUACUUCCAGACAAACACCAAAACAAAGACGGGGUAAAGAAGCUUCCAAGAAAAAGCUGGAUUUCCUGGGUGGCUUCAGUGAUGCUUACGACUUUCAUUUUGAAGAGAGUGUCCAUCUUACACCUUUUCGACAAAAAAAAGUGAAUGACACAGAUACUAGUGUGGAUGACAAAAAUGACUUAUCUGAAACCAAUACCGUCGAGUCAAGUGAUAUUGAAGAAGAUUCAGAUGACAGCCUCUAUGAGCCUUGCAAGAGUAAAUCGAAAAAAAGGAAAAGUUCAGUGGACAAGAUAGAUACAUCACCAGUCCAUGCAAGGCCAAGGUCUAAAAGAUGUUUGGCACAGCGUGAGCAGAAACUCCGUAAUGAAAAAGAGACUGAAAGCAAUAAAUCAAGUGACAAGUCUAUUAGGCUGCCUUCUGAGCCAUCUCAUGGUCAUCUUUGUGAUGUUACCAAUACCACUUCAUUGCUCCCCAGCGGUGGGAAUACAACUGUUGUCCCAGAAGGUGAAGGACCACGAUCUCUAAAACGCAAGCGAAGCUGUACUAUUACUGUGUGCUACAAAGAACCAAGUAUUGCAGGGAAACUCAGAAGAGGGGAUCCAUUCACAGACACAGAUUUCCUGAAUUCUCCAAUUUUUAGGCAGAAAAAAGAUGCCAAACGCCAUUCUCUUAGGAAAAAAUCUCUGUCCAAGUACAAUGAGAAAUUUGUUGGCUGUUGUUGAGAUUUCCAGUUAUGAUAGCAACACCAUGCUGGCUCCAUGAAAUUAUUGUCGCAUGAUAGCUCGCACAAAUUUGCCUUCAUUUCUAUUUGUCUUAAUCUUAAGGAUAUAAAAUUAAGGGGGGCUGGUUUCAAUCCAGUGACUUUCUAAUGAUAUAGAAGACACAAGGCUACUCCUAUAACUAAGGGAUUCCAUUCAAAUCCUUUUGAGAGAAGGCAUUUUGUAAUGUAACUUUAUAACAUAUGUUAUAAUUUUGUAACUUAUACCCUGCUUAUUUGGGCACUUAAGAUCAAAUGGUUUGGUGGUUUGGAUUUUUUAUUAUUUUUUUUUUAAUAAUAAUGUUUGUACAACUCUUCUUAUAGUUGGUUGUAAUGGUUGUAGUUUCAUAUUGAAGCUUCUAAUAAAUGUCUUGGUCUUUGGAAACACAUCA